UUUUGGAUAUCGGGGUCGGGGAUCCCCUCUUCCAGAAUCUCUACACACUCCCGUCCCCCAGUCCAGUCUCCACCCACCACCACUCCCCCCACACCUCGCCGGCGAUCGCGCGAUGGCGGCGGCCGCUCCCCCUCCCGCGGCGGCGCUGGAGCAGCUGAGCAAGACCAAGAUGUUCGGCGGCCACAACCUCCGCUUCCGCCACCAGAGCGCCGCCCUCGGCUGCCCCAUGACCUUCUCCCUCUUCCUCCCCGCGUCGCCGGCCUCCAAGCUCCCCGUGCUCUACUGGCUCUCCGGCCUCACCUGCACCGAUGAGAACUUCAUCAUCAAGUCCGGCGCCCAGCGCGCCGCCGCGGCACACGGCGUCGCCCUCGUCGCCCCCGACACCUCCCCGCGUGGACUAAAUGUAGAAGGGGAGGCAGAUAGUUGGGAUUUUGGUGUUGGUGCUGGAUUUUAUUUGAAUGCCACAAAUGAGAAGUGGAAAAACUGGCGCAUGUAUGAUUAUGUUGUGAAGGAGCUGCCAAAAGUUUUAACUGACAACUUUGAACAGCUUAACACGUCAUGUGCAUCAAUUUUUGGCCACUCUAUGGGAGGGCACGGUGCACUGACUAUCUACUUGAAGAACACUGACAAAUACAAGUCGGUGUCUGCAUUUGCUCCAAUUGCUAACCCAAUAAACUGCCCUUGGGGUCAGAAAGCAUUCUCAAACUAUCUGGGCACAACUAAAUCGGAAUGGGAGGAAUACGAUGCAACCUUGUUGGUUAAGAAGUGCAACACACUUUCAACUCCUAUCCUGGUUGACCAGGGAGAGGAUGACAAGUUCCUGGCGGAGCAGCUGCUGGCGGGCAACUUGGAGGAGGCGUGCAAGGCGGCGGGCGCUCCUCUGACCCUGCGGAUGCAGCCGGGGUACGACCAUUCCUUCUUCUUCAUCGCCACCUUCAUCGACGACCACAUCGCGCACCACGCCCAGUUCCUCAAGAGCGGCUGACUGGCCAGCCACCUGUAGCGAGAGAUGCUAUCAGUUGAACCGCCAAGUCAGCGGCGUCGCCUCCAUAUACCAGCUUGUUACGAUCUGUCGUGUGUGUAUGUGUCGAUGCACCGUGUGUUGGAUUGAGACGAGAUGAAGUGUGUGGAAAUAAUGUGGACGGCUUGCGGUCGUCUCUCAA